AAAAUGACGUAUGGUGCAUGGUCAUGUGACUCUGACAACCAAGAUGGCGGCGGGACAACAGUGGGUGUUAGUUGAGAUGGUGCAAGCUUUUUACGAGGCACCAGCAUAUCAUCUGAUCUUAGAAGGAAUCCUGAUACUGUGGAUAAUCAGACUGUUGUUCUCAAAAACCUAUAAGCUGCAAGAGAGGUCUGAUCUCACUGACAAGGAAAAAGAGGAGUUAAUUGAAGAAUGGCAGCCAGAGCCGCUGGUUCCUGUGUUGAAAGAUCAACCGUCUCUAAAUUAUGAUGUUGUGACUGGCUCUCCAAGCCACAAAAUGAUUGUUAAUGGGAAAGAGUGCAUUAACUUUGCCUCGUUUAACUUCUUGGGCCUGCUCGAUAAUGCACGUGUUAAGCAAAAGGCACUUGCAUCUCUUAGGAAGUAUGGCGUGGGUACAUGUGGCCCAAGAGGCUUCUAUGGAACAUUUGAUGUUCACCUGGAGUUAGAGGAACGCUUGGCUAAGUUUAUGAGAACAGAGGAGGCCAUCAUCUACUCCUAUGGCUUUGCAACCAUAGCCAGCGCCGUUCCUGCCUACUCCAAGAGAGGCGACAUUGUAUUUGUGGAUGAGGCAGCGUGUUUUGCAAUCCAGAAGGGCCUGCAGGCUUCCAGGAGCUUCAUUAAGUACUUCAAGCACAACGACAUGGAGGAUCUGGAGCGACUGCUGAAGGAGCAGGAGCUGGAAGACCAGAAGAAUCCACGCAAGGCCAGAGUCACCAGAAAAUUCAUUGUUGUGGAAGGCCUGUAUAUGAACACAGCAGACAUCUGCCCUCUCCCACAGCUGGUGGAGCUGAAGUACAAGUAUAAAGUACGCAUCUUUUUGGAAGAAAGCAUGUCUUUCGGUGUGCUGGGAGAGCAUGGCCGGGGCGUCACUGAACACUUUGGAGUUAAUAUAGAUGACAUUGACCUCAUAAGUGCCAACAUGGAGAAUGCAGUGGCUUCCAUAGGUGGAUUCUGCUGUGGACGAUCAUUUGUAAUUGAUCAUCAGCGUCUGUCUGGACAGGGCUACUGUUUCUCAGCCUCUCUUCCACCCAUGUUGGCUACUGCUGCUAUUGAGGCCCUCAACAUCAUGGAGGAGGACCCAGAAAUUUUUACCAUCCUGAGAGAAAAAUGUAAAUAUGUCCACAAAGCAUUGCAGGGAAUUCCAGGCUUGAAGGUCGUUGGGGAGGCAUUUGCUCCAGCACUCCAUCUCCAGCUGGAGAACAGCACUGGAUCCAGAGAGAGUGAUGUCAGGACACUACGCUCCAUCAUUGACUAUUGUUUGGACAGACAAAUAGCUCUGACUCAGGCUCGCUACCUAGACAAAGAGGAGCGUUUCCUUCCACCACCCAGCAUCAGAGUGGUGGUGACUGUUGAGCAGACUGAGGAGGAAAUUGAGAAAGCAGCAUCCUGUAUUCGAGAGGCAGCUCUUGCUACACUUAAAUGAUUGCAAAUGCCUCCAGCAUGGCGACACUGUAAUCAACAAUGUCUGUCCAGCUGCAGACCAUCUCCCAUUCUGCGCCUCAUGGUGCUGUUGGACCUGCAGACCUCAGUUCACCGUGGGACAUUCAGCAUGUCAUGCAUCAUGAGAACUGAAUUAAUUGUUGCAGCUUUUUGUGUCAUUGUAAAUAUUAUUUCUAAAACACUGAUCUGUUUCGAAUUUCACUUUCACAUUGAAAUGAAUGUAGAAUUUCCAUGCACCAAAUAUAUUUAUGUUCCAUCUGAUGCCUUGAAUGAAAGUUGCAACAGUUGAUCAAAUUGCAGUAAAUACUAAAAAGAGAGUUCAAAGCUAGAUACAACACAUUAUACACAAGUUCCUUUUAUAGACUCUGUUUAGGUUUCUUCCCUCAAAAUUUCCAUUAAAAAGACAUUUCACAGUACUUUUUUUUAAUGAAAAGUACAUUUUGGGAUUUUCAUGUAUUCUUUUUUUUUUAUGAGAACAUUUUUUAAUCCAGGAAAAAUGUAAUUAUUUUUACGAGUUAUUCGUUUUCCAUAUCUUGCAUGAAACUGUCAGCUUGGUUUGACGGCAUGACUGCAUCUAGCAUUAUGGACACAUUUUCUUUUUUUUCUUUCUUUUUUUUUAAACUGAUAUAUUAUUGAAAUUAUUUCAUUCUUAGAUACAAAGGUGCUAAUACGCACCAUUCAGGGUUCUUGGGUUUAUCAGAAUCCUACAGCAGAGGGGACCCCUUUCAGAAAUUGUUUAAUAAUGAACCCUUUUACAAAGUUGUAACCAUUAAGCAUCUAAAGAGCCCACAAUGAACCUUGUAUUAUUGUUAUUUAUUUCAUUAUUAUUACUGGAUACCAUGUUAAUUUUUGGAGACAAAAUGGUUAUUUAACAUUUUUGGGUUUACAAGAGAUAAAGAUCAAAUAAACUUUAAUGUAAAAUAAAGGUUUUCGAUCCAAUUCCUCACUGUUAAAAAAAGUUAGAUCUACCACUGUAAAAGGUUCUUUAGUUUCUCUCGCAGGGGGAGCCAUUAAAGUUUCUGUGUAGAAUCCCACAACAGAUGGUUUCCUUUUAGAAAAUGUCCCAAAUAGUGCUAGAACCAUCACCAUCCAAAGAACUCUUGAUGUAUCUUUUUUUCUAAGAGUGUACAAAGAGCAUUUCCUGUAUUGCUGCUAACUGUGUGUGGGGUUUUCUUUAAUAAAAUCAAUUUGUAAAUUGGA